UCAUCAUUGCAGAAAAGCAAAAGAAACCCAACUUUGAUGAUUUCCGGCAAACCGACCAGCCUCCCACCACCAUCCAUUUUGCAGUCGACUUUUCUAGUUUUCUGUUUCUUUUUUCUUUUUGGCUACUGAUUUAGUGCUGCCUUAGUGAAGAAACGGUUAAAGCUUUCACUGCCUAAUUUAAUAACCACCCACUUCCAAUCUGAAAAAAGUGGGAUCUCCUUCUUCCUUUCCUUGAAAAAAGCAGAACUAUAAACUACCCAUCCAUCCCUUUUUUCCUCUCUUUCUCUUUCUAUAAUUUGACUACUCAGCUGUACCCUUGGGCCUUGGCCUCCCAUUGUUUCAAUACUAACCAAAGAAAAAAAAGGACACAAAAACAGAAUGGCACAACCCCAAAAAGAAAACCCUGCUGCAAUCAUCAACUCUCUACACCUCCAGGAAAAAGAGGAAGAGAAAGAGCUCGACCUCGGAUCUGACGAACCUGACGCCCCAUUGCCCUUAACCGUCACUUCCCGGGUAUUGUAUAUGUUGGGAGAUAUAACGGCAGGUCCGGCUUAUCGGUUCACCCAAUGGUUGGAACUGGUUCGUAAACGGAGCGGGAAAUACCGAUCCUCUGGCUUCCCUAACCGUCCCAACAGGCUCGACAGUAUGGCUUCUAGUGCAGAAGACUCACCUGUUGAUUCACCAAGUCUUCUGCCCACUGAGCAUCCUCCAGAAAUCAAUUUGUGGGAAAGACUAGGUAAAGCUGCAGUUUUGGACAUCGAAUCAAGCUCUUUUUCCUGGGACAUGCUUUCGUCACUUCACCAUACGGAGCAUAGUAGUAGCACUGACCAUUCUGAGGAUGAACAGAAUAAAGCCCUUGAGGUUACGGUAAAUUCUGGAGGAGUUGUUUUUUUUGCAUUAUUCAACCAGCCUGGGGUUGAUGAUACUUCUCCAAAGGAAGCAGCAGCUGUUAUAAAGUUUUCGUCUUCAAGGAUGGCCAUGCAAUCAGAACGCCUCGGUUACGAGUUUGCGAAGUGGCUUGGAAUCCAGACUCCUCAGGCUAGAGUAAUUCAUAAUUCUAGCCUAGAGUGGUUCCGGAUAAAGGAAGCUGCACAGAAAGCAAGAAUUACAGCAACCUCAGAAGGAGAUGAAGUAGGUGAAGUCACAUGUUCAGAGCUUUUGGAGGCACUAGACCUUAGCCGAUGCCUUUUUCUGAUGAGUUAUGUUCAUGGAUCCCCUUUGUUGGAAAGCGUAAAUGCCUUUGAUUCAAAGGAGACUGCAGAAAGAACUGCAGCAGCUCUCGGUAGGGUCUUGAUGUUGGACCUUGUCAUCAGAAAUGAAGAUAGACUUCCUUCCCGUGAACUAAGAUGGCGUGGAAAUCCUGCAAAUUUGUUGUUAGCAGACAAAACAAGCUCUGCAAAUAUGGGUUCUUUGGAUGAAGCAUUUGACUCUGCAAUCAAGCGAUUCCGCCCUAGGGUAAUUAGAGCUAUUCAAAAGGAACGAAGGGCAUCUUCAGUUGACAGCAGAUUAAGCCCUCAUAGUCCAGGACUGGUAUCACAGAGCUCUGAUCUUUCUGAAAUUACAGAAUCACCUAAAUCUAGUGACAUGAGUAUAGUAAGUCCAACAUUCAGUGAAUCAUUCCAUCCUGGUUUCCACAUUGUGGCAAUAGACUCUGGUGUACCACGUCGACCUCCUGUUGGAAAACGUGCAAAUGACCAAGUAAUUUAUCCUAAAUUGGUUGAGUUACUUCUCAAUAGUUCCAAUUACUCCUUCAACUUGUUACAUGAUAUAACAUGUGGGAAAUUAGGAUCUGCUUCACCAGAAGAUGCUGAUACAACUGAUAUACGGGGGACUGAAAUGACCUCAGUUGUUCAAGAAUUUCGUAGUGGGUUCCGUGCAGCUUUAAGGGAUCUGCAGGGAUUCCAUAUAUUCCUGCUCACACUUCAUCAAAAGCUAGAUAGCUUGUUACGUCAAUUUCUGACUAUUAUAAAUAAGACAUCAGGGGACUUUGAUAAGGAGGACUUAGCAGUUCCUGAGUCACCGUUGCCUCCUCCUUGCCUUGGAGGUGUUGCUUCCCCGCCUACUCCAAGUAAGGAGCGAGUCCUCAGUGAUAACCGAUCAGAUUAUAGUGAUUCAGAGUUACAGAGAACGGCUCCAAAAUCAUCAUCUUCAGGGCACAGAGAAAGCAUGGACUCUAGUUCUCCAAUGUCACGAGAAGGCUGGCAUGGAAAGUUCUACAAAGGUAGUGGAGAGCCCCUUCGUAGCUUGCGUUUGACUGCAAAGCUCCGAGACUUCCAUAAGUUUGCCAAGGUUGAUGCUGAAUCAGGCAGAGAUUUGGAACAGUGGAAUGAAAUGCUAAAAAAUGAUGCUGUUAAACUCUGCCAGGAGAACAGUUUUAAUACAGGAUUUUUUGAGGGUAGUGAUAAUAACAGUGUUGUUGAUGCUUAUGAAUUGAAGGUUAGGCUUGAGCACAUUCUUGAGAGGAUAGCAUUGAUAUCUGAGGCUGCUAAUACAGAGAAGCCAUCUUUAAUUACUAGUAGCUUGCUCAUUGGUGGGGCACUGGCUGCAAGAUCUGUCUACACACUGCAGCAUUUGGGAAUUACUCAUAUUUUGUGUUUGUGCUCCAAUGAAAUUGGACAGUCAGACUCACAGUACCCUGAAUUAUUUGAGUACAAAAAUUUUUCUAUAUGUGACAACGAAGAUUCAAACAUCAGCAGUAUCUUUGAAGAAGCUUCUGAUUUUAUCGAUCAUGUUGAACAAAUAGGUGGAAGGGUCUUAGUUCAUUGCUUUGAAGGGAGAAGUAGGAGCGCCACAUUAGUGAUUGCACACCUGAUGCUUCGGAAGAACUUAACUUUAUUAGAAGCAUGGAAUGCCCUUAAGCGAGUUCACCGCCGAGCCCAGCCCAAUGAUGGGUUUUCAAGGAUUCUAGUGGAUCUUGAUCGGAAACUGCACGGAAAGGUUUCAAUGGAGUGGCAUCAGCGAAAACCAAUGAUGAAAGUCUGUCCCAUUUGCGGGAAGAAUGCUGGUCUGAGCAGCAGCUCACUCAAGCUUCAUUUGCAGAAAGCACACAAGAAGCUAUCUUCAGGGAGUGUGGACAGUGCAAUGACCAUGGAGAUACAGAAAGCUUUGGAUGCACUCAAAAUGAACCGUGGUGGGAGUGUAAGCCCCACACAGAGACAGUCUCAUUCAGUUAUGGAUAAGUAGCAGCAGAACAUUCAUUUUAGUACAAUAGAACCCCUGAGGAAUCAUCAAUUCCUGGAUUUGCUGCUCUUCUCAGUUUAUAUUUGGUGUGAGUUCAACUCUGCUGGUUAACUUGGAACCAAAAGCUCUGCGGUCAUUAGCAGCAGCAUUGAUAACAACUUAGCUGUUAUCCUGUUUGUAAAAACCAUCUUAUCAAUGUAAGUAUCAUACAUGGUGGACAAGGAUUUAGUUUUUAUAGAGAUAUAUGCCUUGCCACUGCAAACGGGUGAAUACUGGGCAAUCUUGGUUCCAAAUUAUUUUUGGAGUGCAUUGUGUAUCAUUAAUCAUUAUCUAUAUUCAACGAAAUAAAUAAAAUGCAAUUUGUCAAGCACAGUGAGUUGCAAUU